AUGUCCAUCCAGGAGCAAGCCGCUUCCUACGCCGCCCUGAUCCUCGCCGACGAUGGCGUCGAGAUCACCGCCGACAAGCUCCAGACCUUGAUCACUGCCGCCAAGGUUCCUGAGGUCGAGCCCAUCUGGACCUCCCUGUUCGCCAAGGCGCUCGAGGGCAAGGACGUCAAGGAGCUUCUCCUGAACGUCGGCUCCGGUUCCGGUGCUGCCGCCCCCGCUGGCGGUGCUGCUGCCGCCGGUGGUGCUGCCGAGGCCGCCCCCGCCGCGGAGGAGAAGAAGGAGGAGGAGAAGGAGGAGUCCGACGAGGACAUGGGCUUCGGUCUCUUCGACUAA